CAUGACGUAAAACAUGAGUGAUCAGGUCACGGCACAAUAGAAAUACAUGUAUCUUUGUUAAAUCAACACUCAUUCUCAGUUUGUUCUCUCUCCCAAGGAAGCCAAGGAAGAUGGCUCACAUAAACAUGGCUUGGCUUUAUUCUUGUUUGUUUACAGCCAUGGUUCUUAUACCUACAACAUUAGGUCAACAAUCCACACAGGUCGAUAUAGACAAUGCAGCAAACGAUUUAGUUAUAGAAGUUAUCCGAGAGACAAACCAUUUAUCCACAGGAACCUACGACAUUGCCUUCAAAUUGACCAAUGCGGGCAACGUAACGAUCCUACAUACGAAAGACUGGGAAAUUAUUUUUUCUAUGCAUAAUAAAAACCUUCUCACUAAGGCAAAGUUUCAGGUACAUGGAUUUGUGAUUCAGGCCUAUAAAAACAGUUUAUACAAAAUGACUGCCACACAUAGAGUUUGGCCGGGUCUUGCCCCUGGCGCAGCUUUCAAAAUCACUGUCACAGCCAAAGGUUUAUCAGUCUUCAGACAGGAUACACAUCCACGGUUCAUCGUAAGGUCAAAGAGGACAAUCCCGAAAACAAUAAAAUCAACCGACGAUGAUACAUUGAGUUUUGUGACAUUGGCUUCGAACAGCAACGACUAUUACUCAAAAAUGUCUGGAGUACAACGAGCGAUUAUGACCCCUGAUGUCAUGGACAUGAAUAGAGUUCCUGCGACCAUUGUAUGUCCAACACCGGUUAAUAUUACUAUAACUCCUGACUCGCCUUUGUUGGUGCUUAGCACCGUCACCCGAUUUUACGUUUGGGCUGACACCUCUGUAAGCAAUGUCUUUAAGAGAUACUUUGCAGAUGCUUUUAGAACAAUUCCAACACCUACAGUACUUGAGUUCGUCAACACAGAACCGCCAGCAGAUGUUGACAAGAUUUACAUACAGCAGACUGGGCCAGACCCUAGUAAGUCCGAAGAUUACUACGAGCUAGCUGUCAGACCAAGGAACGUAAAAAGGAACUUCAAUUUCAUACAUAUGACAGCCACUUCUGAAGCCGGUUUACACAAUGCCGUUGAAUCCCUCUUGUCCGCAGUUGGUCUCUACGAUGUUUUACCCGAUAUGACCAUUACCGAUGACGCCAGAUUUGGACACCGUGCCCUUUCCAUUGACCUUACUCAGAAUUUCUUCCCAUAUGAAGUAAUUGAAAAGGUUUUGAAGCUGAUGAGCACCUACAAACUAAACAAACUGGAGCUGAAUCUAGGAAGUGAUUAUGCCUGGAGACUAGAAGUAAAAGACAUACCUGAACUAAUGAGUUAUGCAUCUAAGAGAUGCCAGACUGGCAACGAGGAUGAUUGUUUGCCACCAUAUUUAGGAGCAGGUGCCGAAGCACUUCCAACUGCAUCUGGAAUCUUUACUGUCAACGAUUUUGCAAGAAUUCUGAGAUAUGCUUAUUCCUUGCAUAUUGAUGUGAUACCGAGGUUCAACUUCCUUGGAGGGCUGUUGUCAGCCAAGCGAGCAACUAAACUGCAGAACAAGAAACUGAAGAGGACAAAUCAGCGCAAAGCGAGCAAAUUCAACCUUGUUUCUCAAUUACCUAAAAUCGGUAAAGGAAGACUACCAGAAGAUGUUAUGACUAUUGAAGGUUUGCUAGAUCCUUGCAGAACCCAGACGUUUACUUUCAUUAACACAGUAAUAAGUCAAGUCAAUAGAAUAUACAGCAUGGCGUCAGUUCCGUUUAAAGCUAUUCAUGCCGGCGGUGAUGCGCUUACCCAGUUCCUCGGAGAAUUUCCAUCCUGUAAAAGAGCAGGAAUUAAAUCAACAGCUGAAGCUUUAUCAACAAUGAUCGGGGCCAUGCAAACGACACUCUCUUCUGUAAAUGCUGUCCUUCAUGUGAACGAAGAAGCUAUUACUGAUCCAGCAACUGGUGAUUGUCUCAAUAUCCCUCCCGCUUCGAAAAUGUCACAAAGUCAUUUGGUUGCUCACUUUUACAAAACAUUCCCUGGAAGUCCAGAGGAAUGGGAUUUGAGCAAGACACAGCUGGAUUAUAUGGACGGCGAAGUGAUUCCACCUCCUUCGCCAGAGAAUCCAAAUGGUACAUAUGACGCUUUGUUAAAAUACAAAGGGCCAAAGAAAGGACUGACAUCAUGGAUUUUACCAUAUCGAUGUGCAAAUAAAGGUUAUAAGAUUGUUUUGAAGCCAGAGAACUUCUUUAGUCUCGACCAAGCAUAUGAAUUAGACUUUGAUGAACCUGGUAACCGUAAGAUGAGAAGUUUUCAUAUUAUCAACAUGCAUCGUAUGAUGGUGUAUGAGCCUCUAAACCACUACAUCAACAUGGACCUUGGCAAAGAUGGCUAUACAUUCCUCCAGUACAGAAUGUGUAAGCUGUUCCCAUGCGAAACACUGACGAAACCCGAAAACGUUUUAGGUUUAGCCGCAACUCUUGAUACAAGUGUGAUCAGAUCCGAGCAGAUGUUAUAUCAUAUGUUGUUGCCAAGGUUACUGGUUUUAGCUGAGAAGGCAUGGCGUGAAGGAGAACAUGAGAAUAUUCUCAGGGCAGAAGAUCCAAAGACUUUGGUAGUCGAAGAAAAUCUUGCUAACCGAGCUGGUGCAAUAACUAUGGAAAUUGAGAAUUUGAUGAACAAUAUUGCCUUCAAAGAGGCUGGCCGUUUGGACGAAGCCGGAUAUGCCUACCGUGUUCCAACUCUUGGAGCAAGCAUACACUUUGGGGUAGCCUUCUUGGGGCUUCCUCCAUAUCCCCUGCGGGUGAAAUCCGAGAUACCUCGAGUCGAAGUUGAGUUCAGAGAACUUACAGGUACGAACCAGCAAUGGCGACCACUGUUCGAUGUAGACAGAACUACUGGCAGGAUAACUGGGGGAUAUUUUUUCGACUUCCCACUCUCUUCUCAAAGGAUUGAAGUCCGCGCAAAGUCAGCUGGGGGUACAAACGGUGUGAAAAGAGCUGGUAGACCCACGGUUGUCGAGGGAAACUUAGAUUUUUACCUACCUAGGGAAAUACCAAUUUUCGUUCGUGAAGGAACGUGCCUACCUAUAAAUGAGGCAUGGACAACCGAUAUUAACAAUGUGACCGCUUUACAAUGGAGAAGAAUAAGGCAGAAUAUAGAACGUGUCGCUGCCGACAGACGCAACUUUAUGGUUGAACGUCGUCGUGUGUUGGAGCAAACCGUCGCACAAUACAACCAAAGAAUUCGCGAAACAGGAAUUCGUGGAAGGCCAGCUGCCUCAGGUGUUACACUUCCGGCUGUGUUCGACGAAAUCCAACAAGCUAUGGAGAGGGGAGAGAACAUUACAGAAAAACCAAUGACAAAUAUUAUGAGAGAAGUAUUUGAAAAAGACAAGGCUAUUUAUCAGAGUAGAGACAGAUUGAUGGAAAGUCGGUACGAUAAUUGGCAAAAAACCUUCCUGGAAUGUAAAAAAGGGCGGGCCAGAGUGACUCUCCUACCGGAAACUGCUGGAGGACAGGGAAGACGGACUGGAGGGAGAGGCACAGCAACAGGAAUCUCGGCAGACCCAAGGGCUCCUACAGGAGCACGUGAUGCCCAGUCUGGUACGGGAGGUCAGUCAAGAUCUCAGAUUGGUGGAAGUCGAAGGGGAGAACAGGGUAGGGGAAGCAGAAGACAGGGCAGUGCUGUCAACCGAAGGCAGAGUCAAGGUCGAGGUCGACGUACUGGAGCUAGAGGUGGUCGAGCUAGACGUUAAAAUGUUCGUACUGGUAUAUGGUCUAAAUAGCAUGCUCUAACUUGAAACUUUUGCAAUUACUGCUGUAAAAAGUAACUUGUUGUUACAUGAAAUAUGGUACGUCAUUCAAAACAUGGUUACCUUUACAAUUUACAUGAACUUUCUUAAAUGUGAUGAUCAAAUGUUGUAUAACAUAAUGUUUAUUUUCUGCUGGUUUCUGUCUUAAGAAAACCUUUACACUAAAAUUAAAUCUGAACCGUAAUACAAUCAUGCUUACUUUUUUAUGACUUUGACAGAUUAGUGUUUAGUUUUCAGUGUUGUUUCAAUUAUAACGCCUAUCCUUCUAAUUAUGUGAAUUUUUAUUCAAAUAAUAUUUUCAGUUUAACACAGUUACGGUUUCUAGUUUUUAUCCGAGAAGGUUGAUGCUUAUGUGCUAUUUUGUAACUACAUGUAUUGAAGUUUCUUAUUUGAAAUAAACUUCUUGUGCCAUUGA